AUGAGUACUAGGGCAAUCCAGAGAGCCCCUCCAUCGGCAUCUUUCAUCCUUCAUCCACGACAAAUUAGGAGGUCGCCGAGACUUUCACCAUUGGUUGCAGCCCAGGUCACAAGGAGGACUAAUCAUCGACCGUUGCAUACAGGGGUCGCCUUAUCAGUCCCUAUUGCCCAAGUGGCAUCUGGACUUCUGACUAGAAAUGGUCUAUCCCGACGUUCAAUAACGUCGUUACAUUUGACCCCGCCAGUGAGAAAUUUCUCCACUGCGCAAGCAGUUGACCCCAAGAUGAAUUUGAAGUUCCCCAGUCCAGACCUCCACCGGGCAUUUAUUGCCCUGGGAAGCAACGUCGGAGACCGAGUAGAAAUGAUUGAGCAGGCUUGUCUUGAAAUGGACCGAGCUGGUAUCAAAGUGAAAAGGACAAGUUCAUUGUUUGAGACCGCACCGAUGUAUGUGCUUGAUCAAGAUACAUUCAUCAAUGGUGUAGAAACAACACUUGCGCCUCUGGAUCUUUUGGAUACUCUUCAAUCCAUUGAGAUUGCGAUGGGCAGAAAGAAGCUCAUCGACAAAGGCCCACGCUCUAUUGAUUUGGACAUCCUACUAUAUGAUCAGGAGAUCAUUUCUCAUGAGCGUCUCAACAUCCCACAUAAUCUGAUGCUUGAACGAGACUUUGUAUUGCGACCUCUCAGCCAAUUAAUCCCAAAUGAAUACCCUCCAUUACUAGGAAAGGAUACGCAAACUUACAGCGCACAUCUGAAGGCUCUACCGCCACCAGAACCAACACCAAUGUCCACAACCCCAAUUUCACCACUAUUCCCAUCUCUGCACGCAACAGACCCUAAGCGCAGCACCCACGUCAUGGCAAUCCUAAACCUAACGCCAGACUCCUUCUCCGACGGCGGCAAACACUCCCCAACAGACCUAACCUAUAUAACAGAAACAGUACGCAACUUCAUCGCCUCCGGCGCAACAAUCAUCGACAUCGGCGGCGAGAGUACCCGCCCAGGGUCAACACCAGUCGGCGCUGCUGAAGAGAUCGCCCGCGUAGUCCCAGCAAUCAAGCACAUCCGAACCGCCAUCCCAGAAGCUGCCAACAUCGCUAUCAGCAUCGACACCUACCGCGCCAGCGUAGCGGAAGCCGCCUGCGCCGCCGGCGCAGACAUCGUCAACGACAUCUCAGCCGGCCUCCUCGACCCAGAAAUGCUGCCAACAGUAGCGCGGAUCGGCAAGUCUGUGAUCCUGAUGCACAUGCGCGGCACGCCACAGACAAUGACGACCCUGCACGAGUACCCGUCCGGCGUUAUUCCGGAAGUGGCUGCUGAGCUCGGCGCGCGCAUUGCAGCUGCUGAAGACGCGGGGAUCCGGCGCUGGCGCAUCAUCCUCGAUCCGGGUCUUGGCUUUGCGAAGAUCCAACCGCAAGAUCUGGAGAUCUUGCGGGAGUUGCCGAGGCUGCGUGCGAUGCCCGGGUUUGAGUGCUUCCCUUGGUUAAUGGGGCCAAGCCGGAAGAGGUUCAUUGGUCAUAUUACUGGGGUGAAGACGCCAAAGGAGCGCGUUUGGGGUACGGCUGCUACAGUCUCCGCUAGUGUGGCUGGUGGGGCGGAUAUUGUUCGUGUUCAUGAUGUCCAUGAGAUGUGGCAGGUGACGAAGGUUGCAGAUGCGAUUUAUCGCGUUGAUUGA